CAUGCAUGUUGCUUAGAUAUUUGUUAGAGCCUAAAGCUGGCAAAGAGAAGGUGGUAAUGAAGCUCAAGAAACUGGAGUCCAGUGUGAGCACUGGUCGUAAAUACAAAAUUGACUUGUGUCUGUGAGUGUGUUCUGGGAAUAGAGAAGAGUUAAACGUAAGGCAAUCCAGCAGAUAAUCCUUAAUCAGCCUACACAGUUGGUACAGCGAGCUCUGGGCUAGAAGAUCCAGGCUGAGGAUGAGGAUGGAGAAAGAUUGAGAUGUAGAGCCUCUGGGUUGAGAGGGACCUCUGAAAUGAACUCAUCUAGACUGCUGCCAUGGAGAGGGUACUCUACAGUAGCCCUGUCAAUGGCUGGCUGGCUUCUGCCUAGAGCCUCCACAUUCAUGAGGGAUGCCAAAAAUUGAAGAAGUUCUUCAUAGACGUACAGCCCAGCACAUUCACAACUGAGCAUUGUUGCCUGAUAAUUCAUUUAUUCAACAAUGAAUGUUUGAGUGCCAUGAAUGGUUUUGGGGAUCCACUUGUGAGCAAGACGACCUAGGUCCCUGCUCUCACGUGGUGUAGGGGUAGGGAAAGCAGGUAGGUACGGAGAAGGAAAGAAGAUAGAACUCUAUGCCCUGCAAGCUACUGCUAGAAAACUAACACUUCUGUCUUCCCACGGGACUCUCCUAGGCCCUUUCACCACUUCUCACCUCUAACCCACAUUCUGCACUCCCAGCUAAAGCAGCCAAAGGACUAUUUGAUUUGGCAGAGCUUUCAGGCACAAAGCCCUGUACUCCCUCUGGCCCAAAGCCACUACUCUGAAGGCUGAAAACUGCCCUUUGGCUCAGGUUGCUGUCCAGUCACAGCCUCACAGAUAAUUUGUGCUGAACCUUGAGGUGAGGGCAGAGGCCACUUCUUUAAAUACUUUGUCUUCUCUACUGCUUUACAUUUGAAAAGCCCAGGUUGGAUCAAUAAGUAUUAAAUGUAUAGCAUAUUACUCCUUUGACGCCUCCCUGCUUGACUCCUCCCUUUCCUGCCUUCUCAUUCCCUACUUUAUUGCAUCACACAUACGUAAUUUAUUACCAAGGAUCUUUCAUAAUUCCCCACCCCUGCCUCUUUCUUCUCUUGCCCACAGUGUGUGACUUAGCAGAGUCAACAAUACAUAUAAUUCCACCAGCAACAAAGAAAAUAAGUUUUGUUUUCCUAUUGUCCAUUUUCAUGAAGAGGCCCUUCUUAGUUAAUCUGAAAGCUAUGGCUUACACCAUAGUCCUCCAUCAUAUCUGAAGCCAGGAACUAGAACUUGGGCUUGUGCUUCAGUCCUGACUAAAGAAGGGUUGAGUGGUGCUAGUUCUUGGUUGUCUGGGUGCUAUUGAUUAGUGAUAGAAUCUUAGUCAACACUGUCACUUAUCCAGACUUAGGAGAACAAAAAUCUACUUGGCUCUCUUACUCUUCAUUCUGGUAGCAUCUUAGGCCAGGUAAAGUUCAAUAAAUUUUUUUGAAUUCUAAGAAGUGGAAAUUCCUCCCUCAAAGUCUAUUAAAAACUCCACUCCCGGCUCUGUCGCUUCCUCACUGAGGGCAAUUUAUCUCCAUAAUCAAAGAUGAAUACAUUCAGAUGAACUCUUCUGUGUGGGUUUAAAUUUUACUGUUCAACAUUCACUCUUGCUAGUAAAUAAGAAAAGAUGAGAGAAAUGGAUUGAAAACUGUCCCACAAGACCCUCUAUGGAAAAGGAGCCAAAAGACUGCAGAGGCGUAAGUAGCAUUGCCCAAGACUCCCAGGAGUGAUAGGAAUUGUUUCUGCCUGAGGAGACGCUCUGCAGCCUGGGCUCUGUGAGACUGAGGUGGCGGUCAGCUGGAGUGAGUGUUGGGAUCCUGGGGCACCUGCCUUACAUGGCUUGUUUAUGAACAUUAAAGGGAAGAAGUUGAAGCUUGAGGAGCUAGGAUGGCAGUCAACAAAGGCCCCACCUUGCUGGAUGGAGACCUGCCUGAGCAGGAGAAUGUGCUGCAGCGGGUCCUGCAGCUGCCGGUGGUGAGUGGCACCUGCGAAUGCUUCCAGAAGACCUACACCAGCACUAAGGAAGCCCACCCCCUGGUGGCCUCUGUGUGCAAUGCCUAUGAGAAGGGUGUGCAGAGCGCCAGUAGCUUGGCUGCCUGGAGCAUGGAGCCGGUGGUCCGCAGGCUGUCCACCCAGUUCACAGCUGCCAAUGAGCUGGCCUGCCGAGGCUUGGACCACCUGGAGGAAAAGAUCCCCGCUCUCCAGUACCCCCCUGAAAAGAUUGCUUCUGAGCUGAAGGACACCAUCUCCACCCGCCUCCGCAGUGCCAGAAACAGCAUCAGCGUUCCCAUCGCGAGCACUUCAGACAAGGUCCUGGGGGCUGCUUUGGCCGGGUGCGAGCUCGCCUGGGGGGUGGCCAGAGACACUGCGGAAUUUGCUGCCAACACUCGAGCUGGCCGACUGGCUUCUGGAGGGGCCGACUUGGCCUUGGGCAGCAUUGAGAAGGUGGUGGAGUACCUCCUCCCUCCAGACAACGAAGAGUCAGCCCCUGCUCCUGGACACCAGCAAGCCCAGAAGUCUCCCAAGGCCAAGCCGAGCCUCAUGAGCAGGGUUGGGGCUCUGACCAACACCCUCUCUCGAUACACUAUGCAGACCAUGGCCCGGGCCCUAGAGCAGGGCCACACCGUGGCCAUGUGGAUCCCAGGCGUGGUGCCCUUGAGCAGCCUGGCCCAGUGGGGUGCCUCAGUGGCCAUGCAGGCGGUGUCCCGGCGGAGGAGCGAAGUGCGGGUGCCCUGGCUGCACAGCCUCGCGGCCGCCCAGGACGAGGAUCAUGAGGACCAGACAGACACGGAGGGAGAGGACAUGGAGGAGGAGGAAGAAUUGGAAACCGAGGAGAACAAGUUCAGUGAGGUAGCAGCCCUGCCAGGCCCUCAAGGCCUCCUGGGUGGUGUGGCACAUACCCUGCAGAAGACCCUCCAGACCACCAUCUCGGCUGUGACAUGGGCACCCGCAGCUAUGCUAGGCAUGGCAGGGAGGGUGCUGCACCUCACACCAGCCCCUGCUGUCUCCUCGACCAAGGGGAGGGCCAUGUCCCUAUCGGAUGCCCUGAAGGGUGUUACUGACAAUGUGGUGGACACAGUGGUGCAUUAUGUGCCGCUCCCCAGGCUGUCGCUGAUGGAGCCCGAGAGCGAAUUCCGGGACAUCGACAACCCACCAGCCGAGGUCGAGCGCCGGGAGGCGGAGCGCAGGGCGUCUGGGGCGCCGUCCGCCGGCCCGGAGCCCGCCCCGCGUCUCUCACAGCCCCGCCGCAGCCUGCGCAGCGCGCAGAGCCCCGGCGCGCCCCCCGGCCCGGGCCUGGAGGACAAAGUCGCCACGCCUGCAGCGCCGCGCUCGGGCUUCCCGGCCGUGCCCCGCGAGAAGCCAAAGCGCAGGGUCAGCGACAGCUUCUUCCGGCCCAGCGUCAUGGAGCCCAUCCUGGGCCGCACGCAGUACAGCCAGCUGCGCAAGAAGAGCUGAGUCGCCGCACCAGCAGCCGCGCCCCGGGCCGGCGGGUUUCUCUAACAAAUAAACAGAACCCGCACUGCCCAGGCGAGCGUUGCCACUUUCAGAGUGGUCCCCUGGGGACCUCAGCCUCAUCCCGAUGAUGCUGCCAAGGCACACAUUUUUUUUGUUUUUUUUUUUAGCAUCCUUUUGGGGCUUCACUCUCAGAGCCAGUUUUUAAGGGACACCAGAGCCGCAGCCUGCUCUGAUUCUAUGGCUUGGUUUUUACUAAAAGAGUAAUUGCCUUAUUUGAUUUUUCAUCUCUUUAACCAAACUUGUGGCCAAAAGACAUUUGACCGUUUCCAAAAUUCAGAUUCUGCCUCUGUGGAUAAAUAUUUGCCACAAAUGAGUAACUCCUGUCACCACUCUGAAGGUCCAGACAGAAGGUUUUGACGCAUUCUUAGCACUGAACUCCUCUGUGAUCUAGGAUGAUCUGUUCGUCCUCUGAUGGACAUCCUCUGAUGAUCUAGGCUCCCAGCAGACUACUUUGAAGGGAACAAUCAGAUGCAAAAGCUCUUGGGUGUUUAUUUAAAAUACUAGUGUCACUUUCUGAGUACCCGCCCCUUCACAGGCUGAGUCCCAGGCCUGUGCUUUGUAGAGCCAGCUUCUUGCCCACAGCCACAUUUCCAUUUGGAUCAUUACUGCCUUCACCUGCAUAGUCACUCUUUUGAUCCUAGGGAACCAAAAUGGUGAUCAUAUAUAGACUUUAUGUAUAGCCACAGUUCAUCCCCAACCCUAUUCUUCGAAAUGUUAAUAUUUGAUAAAUCUAGAAAAUGCAUUCAUACAAUUACAAAAUUCAAACAUUGCAAAAGGGUGUGUGUCUUUCUCCCUGAGCUCCCUGUUCCCCUUCAUUAAAAGCCACCAUGGUGCCAUCUCUUGUGUAUGCAGGGCUAUGCACCUGCAGGCACGUGUGUAUGCACUCCCCGCUUGUGUUUACACAAGCUGUGGGGUGUUAUACAUGCCUGCUGUUUUCACUUAAUAAUACAGCUUGGAGAGAUUUUUGUAUCACAUUAUAAAUCCCACUCGCUCUUUUUGAUGGCCACAUAAUAACUACUGCAUAAUAUGGAUACGCCUUAUUUGAUUUAACUAGUUCUCUAAUGAUGGACUUUUAAAUUGUUUCCUUUUUUUUUCUUUUUUGCUACUGCAAACAGUGCUAUAAUA